AUGGGCUCCCUUCUCCGCUCCGAGGAGAUGUACCUCUGUCAGCUCUUUCUCCAGUCAGAAGAUGCCUACAACUGCAUCAGCGAGCUGGGCGAACUGGGCCUGACGCAGUUUAGAGACGUCAACCCAAAUGUGAACGCCUUUCAGCGCAAGUUUGUCAACGAGGUGCGUCGCUGCGAUGAAAUGGAGCGCAAGUUGCGCUUCCUCGAGAAGGAGAUCAAGCGGGACGACAUUCCGGUGCUGGACGUCGGCGACAACCCCGAGGCGCCGCAGCCCCGCGAGAUGAUCGACCUCGAGGUGACCUUCGAGAAGCUGGAAAAUGAGCUGAAGGAGGUGAACAACAACGCCGAGGCGCUGAAGAAGACCUUCCUCGAGCUGUCCGAGCUGAAGCACAUUCUGAAGAAGACGCAGCAGUUCUUUGAUCAGGUAUGA